AUGGCCCCCCCUGUAGUAGUGUUCGGUAAAGACGAUAUACGUGUCAAGACAGCAUUGAGUAACAACAGAACCGGAGAGACAGACGCAGAAACCGGAGACGGCUGCCGACAGUUCCAAUUGACGCAGUUCCAGUGCCAAUUGCUCGAGGAUGGUCAAUACAUCUGCUUCCCCUUCAAGAGAGUGUUCCAGGAGUGCCAGGGAGUCAGAACAGAGGUGACCAACGUGGACAGCAACAUGUAG